UGACUCUCACGAUCCCACAGAGAUGCCUCUAAAGUUGUCAGGAAAUGCUUUAAAAGAAACUUUGGAAGAAAUUACUCCUUUGCAGGCAUCUUUGCAAGGAAAAAACAAUAAACCAGUGACAGCUGCAAAGAAUGCACAGAAAUGCGGAAAAAGGUCGAUGAAACGAUCAGAUUCAGAGUUAUCCGAAGAUUCUUUUUCUCUUCACUCAAAAAAAAGCCUAAAAGACAUUCAGAAUCCGAUUGUGAAAACAGUGAUUCAAGAGGCUUAGCCAAUAGAAAACUACAAGAAAGAAACAGAGAUUCAGGAUAUGACAAAAAUAAUAUGUCGUUAGAUAGCGAUCACUCAUCAAGUUCACUGGAUUCGUCUUCCAAAAAUUCUAUCUCGUCAAAGGAUCAUUCCAUAGUAACAGAAUUGAAACGCAAUACCUCCAAUAGAUCGAAGACUACAACUACGAAUAAAAUGACACAAACUGAUGAUACUAAUGAUACAAAUGAACAAGCGAUUAAAAACGCUGUCGUUUCUAGAAUAAUUAAAGCCUUCGGCAUGAAACUUGAAAGUGUAAAGCGAAGAAUUCUAUACGAUCUGAACAACAAAAUAAAUGAAGUAAAAGCGAUGAUCGUAGCAGCGAAUGACGUUGAUCAAACUUUACCUGAGAGAGAAAUUUUACCUCAGUUACCAAUGACGAACAAAGAAAACUUUUUAUCUCUUGAGCAACAGCUAACAGAAUCUGCAGAGAUGACCACUGCCCUAAAAUCUUUUAUUCGACAUAAUACGAAGCUUCUGAAAGACUUUAAAGCAGCUAUAAAUGCAGUUUUGCCAAUGAUUAUAUCAAAGGAAGUUCAGUUGCAAUACAGCGGAUUUGGUCGGUUCACUAAAGGACAAAGAAAAGAAAACUUUUCAAAGACAACGACGUGCACGAUUUUGAAAGAAAUUGUCUUACAAAAAUUCGCAGAUAUUUCCGUCAAAGAUUUUAAUUCUUACAUAACACGCUGGUUAUCAAAUGCCAGCGAUCGAGAUGGUGGAAAAAAAUUAAGAUUAAGCGCACCAGUUGUCCUACAAGAAGAUCCGCAAGAAAAUGUUAAAGUAGCAUACUUGUAAAUCAACUUUAUUUUUAAGCU